AUGGAACUUAUGAAGUUUAAGCUUUUGUUUGGCCUCACGGCUGCUGAUCUAUGGGGAUCCUUGAACCUGGUGAUGCUAACUUGGCUGCUAAUGGCCUGCCUUCCAAAAUGGAAGUGGACGCCCACCUUGACGUUGGUGACUCCUAUCUUUCACUCGUUUAUUUAUGCCGGCUCCAUCUUCUCCAUUAUCUUCUUUCCUGCCGAUGGAGCUUCCGGAUCGCUGGAUUUCGGAUCCUUGGAGUCAGUGGUUGAAGCCUUCCAAGAUCCUAAUUCUGUCUUUGCUGGAUGGACGCAUUACAUUGUCUUCGAUGCCUUGGUCGGACGAAUGAUGUUGCUAGAUUCCUUGAAACGCGGCGCCUCGAUCAAAUUUCAUGUCUUGGUCAUGAUCCCUUGUCUUUUCUUUACUUUGAUGCUUGGCCCGGUUGGCUUUCUAUCGUACAUGGGCUUGAGAUUUGUCUUUUUGCCUACCAAUGAUCACAGCACGAUCGGAUAUGAUGCUCUCUGA